ACAAUUUGAAAGCUAUAAAGAGCAAGUAAGAAAGAUAGGGGAAGAAGCCCGCCGUUACCAGGGAGAGCACAAGGAUGAUGCUCCAACAUGUGGAAUCUGUCAUAAAACAAAGUUUGCAGAUGGUUGUGGCCAUUUAUGCUCUUAUUGCCGGACCAAGUUUUGUGCUCGAUGUGGAGGUCGUGUCUCUCUGCGAUCAAACAAUGAGGACAAAGUGGUUAUGUGGGUAUGCAAUUUAUGUCGAAAGCAACAAGAAAUCCUAACGAAAUCCGGAGCGUGGUUUUUUGGAAGUGGACCACAGCCCUCACCCAGCCAGGAUGGAGCACUGAGUGAUACGGCGACUGGUGGCAGCUCAGAUGCACCGAGAGAAAAGAAAGCAAGGCUUCAAGAGCGAUCGAGAUCACAGACUCCCUUAAGUACAGCAACUGCCUCAUCACAGGAAAUCUCUUCUUCCAGUGUGCAGUCCGACCGGAGGAAAGGAGCAGAAGUAUCGCAGCUGGCUAUGGGCCUGGACCAAAAACAAGUUUCAUCAAGGUCUAGAAGUGAACCUCCAAGAGAGAGGAAGAAGACACUAUCAGUUUCAGACCAGAAUGGCAAAGGUUUAAAGAGUGAGCGUAAGCGUGUGCCAAAAUCCUCACUUCAAAAAGAAGGACCAGCAGAUGACAGGGAGCGUAAAGAACGGCAUGAAGGUAGAAGGCUGGAGAAAGGCAAGUCACAGGACUACCCAGACUUGCCAGAGAAACUUGAGGAAGGCAAAGUGCCUGAUGAUGAAAAACAAAGGAAGGAAGAUGAAUAUCAUACCCGUUACAGGAGUGACCCCAAUCUGGCAAGAUAUCCUGUAAAACCACAUCCUGAGGAACAGCAGAUGCGCAUGCAUGCGAAAGUUUCUAAAGCACGGCACGAGAGAAGACACAGUGAUGUAGCUUUGCCACAUACAGAAAUGGAGGAAGCGGAGGUACCUGAGAAUAAAUUAGGAAAACGCUCACAAUUACAGGGAGCUCAGGACAGAAAAUCCCUUGUGGAAACUCAGAGGUCGUACUCUAUAGACAGAACAGGUGAUGUAAGAAUUUCUGUUUCUAAACAAUUAACUAAUCAUAGUCCACCAACUCCCAGGCAUAGUCCAGUUCCUAUAGAACACGUAGAAUACAAGAACCACGAUUCUUUUAAAAAACAGAGCCGCCUUGAUCCUAGCUCUGCUAUUCUCAUGCGAAAAGCAAAGCGGGAGAAAAUGGAGACCAUGCUAAGGAAUGAUUCCCUUAGUUCUGACCAGUCGGAAUCAGUGCGGCCAUCCCCUCCAAAGCCUCAUAGAGCAAAAAGAGGCGGAAAGAAAAGGCAGAUGUCAGUUAGUAGCUCAGAGGAAGAAGGGGCAUCAACACCAGAAUAUACUAGCUGUGAAGAUGUGGAGAUAGAAAGUGAAAGUGUCAGUGAAAAAGGUGACUUGGAUUAUUACUGGCUGGAUCCUGCCACGUGGCACAGCAGGGAGACAUCCCCUAUUAGUUCGCAUCCAGUAACGUGGCAGCCUUCUAAAGAGGGAGAUCGCUUAAUUGGGCGCGUUAUUCUUAACAAGAGAACAACCAUGCCAAAAGAAUCAGGUGCAUUAUUGGGGCUAAAAGUUGUUGGAGGAAAAAUGACAGAAUUAGGACGACUUGGUGCCUUCAUUACCAAAGUGAAGAAAGGUAGCUUGGCUGAUGUGGUGGGGCAUCUCAGAGCAGGGGAUGAAGUUCUAGAAUGGAAUGGUAAACCCUUGCCUGGAGCUACAAAUGAAGAAGUUUACAACAUUAUUUUAGAAUCAAAAUCAGAACCUCAAGUUGAAAUUAUUGUUUCAAGGCCUAUUGGUGAUAUUCCACGGAUUCCUGAGACUUCUCACCCCCCGUUAGAGUCUAGUUCAAGUUCUUUUGAAUCACAGAAGAUGGAAAGGCCUGCUAUUUCUGUUAUAUCUCCGACCAGCCCUGGAGCCCUACGGGAUGCACCACAAGUCCUACCAGGGCAGCUUUCUGUUAAACUGUGGUACGACAAAGUGGGACAUCAGUUAAUAGUAAAUGUUCUGCAAGCAACAGAUUUGCCACCAAGAGUAGAUGGACGCCCCAGGAAUCCCUAUGUAAAAAUGUAUUUUCUUCCAGACAGAAGUGAUAAGAGUAAAAGGAGGACCAAAACAGUAAAGAAAAGUCUAGAGCCAAAAUGGAACCAAACUUUUCUCUACUCACAUGUACAUCGUAGAGAUUUUAGAGAACGAAUGCUUGAAAUAACCGUAUGGGAUCAGCCAAGAGUGCAAGAAGAAGAGAGUGAAUUUCUUGGAGAGAUUCUUAUAGAGCUGGAGACAGCACUUUUAGAUGAUGAACCACAUUGGUAUAAGCUACAGACACAUGAUGAAUCUUCACUACCUCUGCCUCAGCCAUCACCUUUCAUGCCAAGAAGACAUGUUCAUGGUGGAGAAAGCACUAGCAAAAAAUUACAAAGAUCUCGGCCAAUCAGUGAUAGUGACAUCUCAGAUUAUGAUGUUGAUGAUGGUAUUGGAGUUGUUCCUCCAGUAGGUUAUAGAUCUAGUACUAGAGAAAGUAAAUCUACAACGCUAACUGUGCCAGAACAGCAAAGAACAACACAUCAUCGUUCACGAUCUGUAUCUCCUCACCGUGGCGACGAUCAGGGCAGGACCCGUUCACGUUUACCAAAUGUGCCAUUACAGAGGAGUUUAGAUGAAAUUCAUCAAAUGAGAAGAUCACGUUCUCCAACUAGACACCAUGAUGCCUCCAGAACUCCAGUUGAUUACAGAUCCAGAGACAUGGAUAGUCAGUAUUUGUCUGAUCAAGAAAGUGAGCUUCUUAUGCUGCCCAGAGCAAAACGAGGAAGAAGUGCAGAGUGCCUACAUACCAUCAGUGAACUACAGCCCUCCCUUGACAGGGCUAGGAGUGCUAGUACCAACUGCUUGAGACCAGAUACUAGUUUGCAUUCACCAGAACGAGAAAGGGGUAGAUGGUCCCCCUCCCUAGAGAGGAGACGACCUACUAGUCCCAGGAUUCAUAUCCAGCAUGCAUCUCCGGAGGAUGACAGAAUACAUCAACAAGGAAGUCCUACACAGUCUCCUCCUGCAGACACAUCCUUCAGCAGUCGCAGGGGAAGACAGCUACCGCAAGUUCCAGUAAGAAGUGGCAGUAUAGAGCAAGAGGCUGGCAACAAGAAGCUAAAGAGCACGAUACAGAGAAGCACAGAGACGGGAAUGGCAGCAGAGAUGAGAAGUCGUAUGGUUCGACAGCCAAGUCGGGAAUCCACUGACGGCAGCAUAAAUAGUUAUAGCUCCGAGGGCAACUUAAUAUUUCCUGGAGUACGGCUGGGCACUGACAGUCAGUUUAGUGAUUUCCUCGAUGGACUUGGACCUGCACAGUUAGUAGGCCGACAAACGCUAGCCACCCCUGCCAUGGGUGACAUCCAAAUUGGAAUGGUGGAUAAAAAGGGCCAGUUAGAAGUAGAAGUCAUUAGAGCUCGUGGCCUCACACAAAAACCUGGCUCCAAAUCUACCCCAGCUCCAUAUGUCAAAGUGUAUUUAUUGGAAAAUGGAGCAUGUAUAGCUAAGAAGAAGACAAGAAUUGCACGGAAGACCCUUGAUCCUUUGUACCAACAGACACUAGUUUUUGAUGAAAGUCCACAGGGUAAAGUCCUUCAGGUAAUAGUUUGGGGAGACUACGGCCGAAUGGACCACAAAUGCUUCAUGGGAGUUGCCCAGAUCCUUCUGGAGGAAUUGGAUCUGUCCAGUGUGGUAAUAGGCUGGUAUAAAUUAUUUCCACCUUCAUCACUCGUGGAUCCAACCUUGACUCCCCUGACACGCAGGGCUUCCCAGUCAUCUCUGGAAAGUUCAGCUGGGCCUCCCUGCGUUAGAUCAUAGUAGCAGGUGCUGCCUAGUAAAAACGUCGCCCAGGAUAACAAUUGGAAUCAGAUAUUCACACGAUCAAAAAACACUGUUGGAGAGAGACAAUCACUUCUGUUUUUGCUUGUAGUAGUUAUUCAAAAAUAUGUCUGUUUGUCGAGAGAUGGCUUAAAUUGACAGAACAAAGGUAUAUCACAUAUGGCCAAUCUAUUAGCGGCUAUCACUGAUGCUUAUAAUGAUCAAAAAAAAAAAAAAGAGAGAGAAAG